AUGUUGUUCUCCGCAGUAUUAUUACUAUGUUCCCUGCAUAAUGUUGUCGCGCAGCGAAAAGAUGCGGACUUGAUGUCCUUUGUGACGCUCCCCGAGGUUCGCGCCUUGAAGUGGGAAGUCAACUACCUUGAUCGCGAGAAAGUGGCCCCCGGAUACUGGUUCGUCGCCCCGUACGGUCAGAUCUCGCCCGAAGAUCCCACCCAGAAGUACCAACAAUAUCAAGUUGGACCAUAUAUCUACGAUGGCGAUGGAAAGCUAGUCUGGGCCGGCUCCGUUCAAUACGAUAAUCAAAAUGUAUUCGACUUCCGACCCGUUACCAACAUUGACGAUGAGAUAGAGCUAUCAUUUAUCUUGAACUGGCAACUCGAGGACGAGGGAGGAGGCAAGGGAAGCGGAGUUGUCUUGGACAAGAACUAUAAGCAAAUACGCCAGGUCUUCCAGCCUGCAGACCUUCACGACUUCAACAUGCACGAAUUCAACAUCUUGCCCGGGGGUAAGUCUGCUGUCGCCUGCACAUACCUCUCGCAAGUGAUCAACCUGGCCGAGUUCGGACGCCCGACGGAGGAGAGCUGGGUGGUUACGGGUGGGUUCGUUGAGUUGGACAUGGAAACUAGCGAGGUUCUGUCCCAGUGGAACAGCAAAGAUGCGAUUGCCCUUACCGAGUCGAACAUGUUUCACUCGUGGGACUCGCCGUGGGGUAAGCCGGGCUGGGAUUAUGUGCAUAUCAAUGCUGUCGACAAGAAUGAGGCCGGCGACUUCAUUAUCUCCUUGCGGUUCACCAACACCAUCUACGGUAUCUCUGGCGAGACCGGCAAGAUUAUGUGGCGUUUGACCAGUGGCACUACGGGUGACUUCGAUAUGGACUUCACCUUCUCCAAGCAGCACGAUGUGAAAUUCGUCUCUUCCAACGGUACCCACCAUGUGAUCUCGAUGCUGAACAAUGCUUCCGAUGAGCGGGGCAACGACGAGAACGUGUCCUCAGUGCUCUUCAUCGAAAUGGAUACCGAAGCCAUGACCGCCCGUGUCAUCAACCGCAUCAACCGCCCCGAUAGCAGCCUGACCCGUCUCCGCGGCAGUGCCGAGACCCUCCCCAAUGGCAACAUCUUCGCUGGUUGGAGUGAGCGAGGCUACCAGAGCGAGCACUCUCCCAACGGCGACACCUUGAUGACCGCCCGCUUUAUGUCAACCCGCUACUCGACCUACCGCGCCUACAAGUCCGAAUUCAUCGGUCGCCCGACCAACCCUCCCGACGUCGUUGCCUCGGUCUACGGUACCAAUGACGAUGACACUACGACCAUCAUCCACGUUAGCUGGAAUGGUGCCACCGAUGUCGCUGGAUGGAACUUCUACGCCAAGGCCUACGACCGCGGUGAAAGCGUGCUCAUCGGCCACGCCAAGAAGUCCGAUUUCGAGACCAUGUAUAUCGUCGAUGGAUACAUGGACUGGAUCACCGCCGAGGCUGUCGACGCCGAGGGCAAUUCUAUGAGCAAAUCUCAUGUCCAGCGCAGCGAGAUCCCAAGCAACUGGGAAUCUGUCGGCUUCAAGGGAUCCGCCGGGGGCCCUUCUCCAGACGACCCUUCGAUCAUCAACCAGGUCAAGGAGGGCACGGACAAGGAAGAUAACAGCGACAAAGCCAGUGAUGACAAGGAGGUCGUCGCGGAUAAAGAGAAAGAGACCAGCGCUGACCAGGCCGACUCUUCAAUGGAUAUGGACAUGGGAUCGGACUCGAACUCGGACUCCGCGCCACAGCAAACUUACGCCGACGCUAAGGAAGUCGCUAAGGCUGUUUACCGUGCCUACGAAGUUAUCCGUGGCGUCGGUGGCCUGCUGAUCUUCAUCUUGCUCGCCUGCUCCGUCGGCGGUAUCCUCUUUGGUUCAUGGCGUUUCAUCCAAAAGCGCAGACGUCGCUCAUACCAGCACGUCCCGUCAGAAGAGGGACUUCCUGUUGAAGAGAUUCAUCUGCGAUCGCAAACUCAUGACUAA